AUGAAAGAAGUAAAGGUUGGUGAGUACGGUUCAGUCUUAUUGAUUAGAGACAAAGCAGGAGAUUUUUCGGCCAUAGGAAGAAAAUGUAGUCAUUAUGGAGCUCCUUUGAGUAAAGGUGCUCUAUGUGAUAAUCACGUGAGAUGUCCUUGGCAUGGUGCCUGCUUUAACAUAAAAACUGGUGAUAUUGAAGAUUUUCCUGGCUUAGAUAGUAUACCAGUUUAUAAGGUCAAGAUUAAUAAUGGCAGUGUCUACAUCAGAUGUCGCCGUCAGGAACUAUCGACAGCAAAGAGAUUGCCCACUCUUACUAAUUAUCAACCUAAUUUCGAUAAACGAGUAUUCUUUAUUAUUGGUGGAGGUCCAGCAGCAUUAUCAUGUGCUGAUACUUUAAGAAAGGAAGGUUUUCAAGGUCGCAUCAUCAUGGCAACUCGUGAACGAAGUCUUCCAUAUGAUCGUCCAAAACUCAGUAAAGCUCUUAGCAGUACUGCUGCAUCGUUACAGUUACGUAGCGCUGAAUUCUUUAAAGAUACUGCAAUUGAAGUCUUAACUGAAUCAGAAGUUAUAGGUCUAAAUAUCAAGACUAAGACCGUAACAAUGAAAGAUAACAGCAUAAUAAUAUAUGACUCUGUCCUCAUUGCGACUGGCAGCAAUCCACGUAUAAUGCAUAUAACUGGUUCACAAGCCAAAGGAAUCUUUACUCUGCGAACUCCUGAAGAUGGCAAUGCCAUAGCAUCGGAAUCAAAUGGCAAGAAUGUAGUAAUUGUUGGCAGUUCAUUUAUCGGCAUGGAGAUAGCUGCCUAUCUAGCUAAUAAAGUGCAAUCAGUAAGCGUUAUAGGUCGCAGUCAAACACCAUUUUCAGCCACGUUGGGUCCUAGGAUUGGUGCGGCACUGCAAAAAAUGCAUGAAAGUAAAGGCGUUAAGUUCUUCUCAAAGACGAAUGUUAAAAGUUUUCACGCCGAUGAUAACAAUAAUCUAACUGGUUUAACUCUAUCUAAUGGAAUAUACAUUCCAGCUGAUGUUUGCAUUUUAGGAAUUGGAGUUACCCCAGCGACCGAAUUUUUGGCUGGUAGUGGUAUUAGCUUGAGCAAGCAUGGAUUUGUUCCUGUAGAUGAAAACAUGAAAGUAGCAGCAGACGUUUAUGCAGCUGGCGAUAUCGCACAAUUUACUAUUCAAGCAACGCGAGGAUUACCAGUCAGCAUAGGACAUUAUCAAAUUGCUUUAAAACACGGCAAUAUCGCUGCUAAAAAUAUGUUGGGAAAAAAUGUUGCAUUAAAUACCGUGCCUUACUUCUGGACACAAAUGUUUGGAAAAUCAUUGCGAUAUACAGGUUUCGGGGCUGGAUUUGAUGAAAUUACAUUCGAUGGGGAUGUAGAAGGAUUAAGCUUCAUCGCUUAUUAUAUCAAAUCUAACCGCGUUAUUGCAGCUGCAAGUAUGGGUCGUGAUCCUGCUGUUUCUCGGAUUGCAGCUCUCAUGCUUUCAAAUAGUAUGCCUUCAGCAGACGAAAUUAGGAAAGAUUCCAUGGUUUGGCAAACCAGACUUUAG